GGACUCUCGUCGCUCUGGAAAUAUCUCUGUGACAAGUUGUAUCCAAUACCGGACCUUACGCAGAAAACGACAGCCCACAAUGGCUUCGACGGCGCCGACCCCGUCAGCUGUCGUCUACCCGGUCAACGACACGUCAAGAUCCGAAGCCGAGCGAGCAUACCUGCAGCAACUGACCGAUUUCGCCGAGAACCAGGACUUGACCGAAGACAGCAGGGCGUAUGUGCGCAAUGUCUCCAUCGCAUUCACCGUCUUUGCGGGCGUCUUUGUGCUUCUUCGCUUCGUCGCUCGAUGGCGCCAGGCUGCCCACAUCGCCACCGACGACUGGCUGAUCGUCGCCUCCCUUGCCAUCUUGAUCGGAAACAUGGUAAUGAACCUGGAGCUCGUCAAGAUAGGCCUGGGGCUGCACUCGGGUGCCUUGACCUUGCCACAGCUGCAGAAACUGAACGAGACCCUCGUCGGCGCCGAGAUCAUAUAUGUCACAGGCGUCAAUCUUUAUAAACUCUCGCUGCUCUUCUUCUACUUUCGCGUCUUCCCCGUCCGCUCCGUGCGCCUGGGCGGCUACAUCUGCGGCGGAAUCUCCACCGCAUGGUGUAUCGCCUGCAUACUGGCCGCCACCUGGCAAUGUACGCCUCGCGAGAAGCUCUGGCAGCCGUGGUUGGAAGGAACUUGCAUCAAUCUGUUCUUGACCCAGCUCUGCAUCUCAGUGCCGAGCAUCCUCUGCGACAUCGCCAUCCUCUGCCUGCCCAUGCCCCACGUCCUGCGGCUCAAGACCAACCUGUGGCAGCGGGUACUGCUCAUGUUCAUUUUCUUGCUGGGGAGCUACGUCGUCUUUACGAGCAUCUACCGUUUCCGCGUCUUCCUGACCUACACCACCGACGACGUGCCCUGGUCUCUGGCCGACGGCUGCGCCUGGAACAUCAUCGAGAUCAGCUCCGGGAUCGUGUCAGCUUGCCUUCCAUGCUUGGGCCCUCUAGUGCGUGAUCUCUGGAGAUCCGCCUGGCCAUCCAGCACUGGCGGUUCCAAGGGCCCGCUCUCCCAACCAAAGGGUUCUGCCAUCAUCACCAUCGGAGGGACAGGCCGCAAGAGCAACACCAAAGUCCUCAACUCCCAGGGGUCACAGUGGAACCGGCUGACCGAGUCAGACGAGGAACCGCCGCAGUCCCGCGACGACCUUGAGCUGGUGCCCAAGCAUCUGGCUGGUCGCGUCCACGUGACGGUCCACGCCAGCCCGACGCCGAGCCGCCGUAGCGAUGAGGAGCGUGGCACGGAUCGAGAUGAUAAUCGCAUGGGGGGCAGCGAUAUCCCGAUGGAUGUCAUUCAUCAGCGUACCGACGUGGAAUGGAGGGUGGAACAACGGAACGGGCCGGUCCCAUGACACCGAGUCGUGGAGUUUUGCACACAGGUUAUUAGGUAAUAAUGCAUGCAGAAGAUGGCGAAAGUGAUGGAUUAAGAACAGGAAGAGCUGAGUUAGCAGAUGGACAGUCCAUUGAUUCGAUGUGGUCCUGGACUGGCCAAAUGUACCUCAGCAGGGCCAGCUAGCCUCGCUGCAGACAUGGCACAAUUCCACCACGUGGACAAGUGCACUAUUGACACUACGCCUCCAGCUCCAGUCUGUCGGGACGCGAGGCAGCCCGGGAUUGGUCGAGAUACGGACGUCUUCGGCAGUCCCGUUCAGCUGGACCACCAAGAGGU